UCUCCUCUCUAUCUAUCCUUUUCCUCUCUGUCUUCCUGCAUUCACCUCUAUUAUCUGAUUCUGUUCUAUAUUUUCUUUCCAUCCUGUUUUAGUCUCCAUCUCUCCAUGAUGGCACCCAAAAAAGUAGAAUUAAAGAAGGAAGCAGUGAAAAUGUCUCCAGAACCAGAAACGGCUAAAGAACCGGACUUCGACCCACAAAGCAUCAAGAUUGAGUUCAGCACUGAUCAGAUCGAAGAGUUUAAAGAAGCCUUCCAGCUGUUUGACAGAACUGCAGAGAAUCAGAAGAAGAUCUUGUUCUCUCAGUGUGGAGACGUGAUGAGAGCUCUCGGACAAAAUCCGACCAACGCUGAAGUCCUCCGAGUGCUGGGACGACCCAAACCUGAGGACAUGGACAGUAAACUGGUGGACUUUGAGACCUUCCUGCCGAUGCUACAACAUGUGGCUCAGUCCAGAGACAAAGGAACAUACGAGGAUUUUGUGGAAGGCCUGAGAGUUUUUGAUAAAGAAGGAAACGGGUCGGUGAUGGGUGCUGAGCUGAGACAUGUUUUGGUCACUCUGGGAGAGAGGAUGACAGAGGGGGAAGUGGACAACCUGCUGGCAGGACAGGAAGAUGCUAAUGGAUGUAUUAACUAUGAAGCUUUUGUCAAGCACAUCAUGGCUGGCUGAAACAAAAUGUUCCUACUCAGAGAGAAGUUCCUGCUCUCUCCAUGUUCAUGGUUUUGUUCUUAUCUUUAAAAUGAGAACAUCUUACAUCUGGAACUGUUGCUUUUUUGCAGUAAACAAUUUUCUGUUCAGUUGAGAAUCCAGUGUUAAAAUAAAACUUAUAAACAUG